GUUUUUAUUUUUUUUCGUACUGUAGAUGUUUUACUAUCAAUGAAUCUCAGAAAAUGUCUUUCAUUAACGCUGCAGGGCUUUCGUUAUUACGGAGUUUGCUGCCCCACAAAGGAUCAAGAAUGCUGGAUUCUUCCUGCCCUGAGCCACCCUGAAGAAACUCUAGAUCAAAGUCCAUCAUUGAUGGCUAUGAAAAAGAAAAUAACUCUUUCAGGUUACUUCCAACAUGCAGUGUUGUUCCACAGUCUUGUUUCCACAUGAGUACAUCUUUGGAGACCUCACAAAAUUGGAACCGAAAGAAUUUAAUUGUUUACCCUCCACAGCUUCCAGAUGAACCACGCAGACCUGCAGAAGUCUACCACUGUAGAAGGCAGAUCAAAUAUAGCAAGGACAAAAUGUGGUAUUUGGCUAAAAUGAUUCGUGGUAUGUCGAUUGAUCAGGCCCUUGCACAGCUUGAAUUCAACAAUAAGAAGGGAGCGAAGAUCAUGAAAGAGGUUCUUUUGGAAGCUCAAGACAUGGCAGUGAGGUGUCACAAUGUUGAAUACAAAAGCAAUCUUUAUGUAGCUGAAUCCUUCAGUGGUAAGGGAGCAUAUCUCAAACGCAUUCGGUACCAUGGCAGAGGCAUGUUUGGCAUUAUGGACAAGGUAUACUGUCAUUACUUUGUAAAGCUGGUGGAAGGAUCCCCGCCUGUGACAGUAGAAAAGACUGGGUUGGACCAGGCAAGAGAAUAUGUGCAAGGACUGCGUAAUCGGACCAUUAUCUCUUCAUUAUGAUCGCCCCAUGAAAGAAUAUCACAGUAAAUGAGUGCAUUGCAAAGUUAUUUUUAGUACACUUCUUGACAUGUAAUUAAAAAAAAAAAACA